UGUGUAUCUAUCUAAACAAUAUUGAACUGUGCAAAAUUAUAUUCAAUUUAGAGCUUCUUACAUAAAAUAUUAUUAUUAUUACCCUAUUCAAUGAAGUAAAAAAAUGACACAGAAGAGGAUAACAUGUUGUUUUACCCAUUUAUAUCAACCACUGUUAAGUUCAAUGAUAAAUAACAAAAUAUAAAUUUAUUUAAUAGGUUAAAAUAAAAAGGAAGGCUAUAAAGAGCACACUGCUAUGUCAAAAGUAUGCAAGUAUCGACGGUGAUGUCAGCCUGAAAUAAUGCGUUUUAACGGAUUGCAAAGACCAAUGGCAAAGAUAAGAAGGGACAAAAUUUGGCGAUGGCGGUUACAAUGGAGCCUCGUCACGCUAGCGGCAGUCGCUCUAGUCAUUUACAACGCAGCCGCUAACAUGUGGCUCUUGCGACCAGCAUCUUGUCCCAUACCCAGCACUAUACCACCCGCCGUAGUUGAAGCGACUUGCGAGCCGUGUCUCGAAACAGCCCCAAACACCGCCAUCGACGAUGACCCUAUUUCUCGUAUAGACUUAAAUCUGGGAAGAUGGGACGGGUCACGGUCCUUCAAACUGUUCGAUUACGUCGCAGUCGGCGACAUGUAUGUCGAAGCUUCCGCGAAUAGACAAGUCUGUUUGGCCACGCAGAGCUCUAUAGAAAGAUUGCAUGAGCUAUUAAGGAUUGCUGCACACUGGUCAGGACCGAUAUCCGUUGCGGUUUUCGUAGCUGGAGAUGAAUUGAGGCUUUUACGUGCAUUUGCAAUGUGGCUGUUCAGGUGUCAGCCAGAAUUGUAUUCGAGGAUAGCGAUGCACGCAGCUAUGCCGAUCGCUAAGCCUGGUGUGCAGGGUACACUGCCAGUUUGGGCAAAAAAUUGCGAUGCACAGCCUUUACCCGUGGGGGAAAGACGAGCAGAGACUGUGUCUUGGAGAUCGAGGCAUCCAUACCCCCAGAAUCAUUUAAGAAACCUAGCUAGAAAGAAUUGCCACUCAGCCUAUACAUUUUUGGUUGAUAUUGACAUAGUACCGUCAAAAGGAAUGGCGGAGGAGCUGGAUAAAUUUUUAUUAAAUACUCCAAAAUGUCCGCUAUGUGCGUAUGUGGUGCCGACAUAUGAGUUGGACAAACGUGUAGCGACAUUUCCUCCCAAUAAAAAGGAACUGCUGCGGCUGUCGAAGAGCAAAUUAGCGAUACCGUUUCAUAGAAAAGUGUUUAUUUAUAAUCAGUACGCUUCCAAUUUUACAAGAUGGGAAUCAACAGGCGGCAACGAAAGCUUGGAGACGCAUAUCAGCCACAACGUCACCAACUUCGAACUCCUGUAUGAGCCCUUCUACGUCGCCCCAGACACUGUUCCACCUCAUGAUGAGAGGUUCCUGGGGUAUGGGUUCACGAGGAACACGCAGGUAUACGAAAUGUUCCUAAUCGGUUACCAGUUCAAAGUCCUGUCUCCCAUAUUCACAAUCCACUGGGGCUUACAAUUGCGACGCAACCGCCCUCUAUGGCGGGAAAAACAGAACGAAAAAAACAGAAAACACUUCGAGGCCUUCAAGCGAGAACUGUUCGCUAGAUACAGAAAGGAUCCUUUGCACUUACUGCGAAAGAGUGUCCAAGCGAAGAAAACAUAGGCCUCGCAAGGCCGUGCGAGUGUAGCCGGCCUUAUUUGGACGAUUUUUAUACUGUUCAGAAUCUUCUGACACUCAGUGUCCAUGAAUUCAGUGAAAAUUAGAACUGUGACCACACGUUCAGAUUUAUCGGGACUGUUUUAAAUGUUUUUCGUGCCAGUGCUUUUGUGAUGCGAAAUGUCAUCAAGUGAUUGUAAAAUAGUGAAAUUUAUGAAAGAAUAGGACUAAGUAAUAAACAAGGUAAAUAGGCAAUUUGUGUUAUGUUUUAAGAGAUUGUUAUAGGAUAUUGUUUAAUGAAUGUUUAUUGUAGUUUAUAUAAUUUUAUUCAUGUUUAUAUCAUGCUUUGCCUAAACAUAGCAUAUAAGUACCUAUGAUUUUGUAACUAAUGUGUUUAUUUGUGGCAUUAGGCUAUAAAUAGGUAUAUUAUUAUCAUAGGAAUCGGAAAAAUGGGCUUUUUCAAAUAUACCUAAAUGAGAGAUUCACUAUCAAUUAAACUAAAUAAUGCAAGCUUUUCGUCUCCUUAAACGUUUCAUAUUAUCCUUAUCACGAGCUUAUUUUAUUGUCACUACGGGGACGGAGUUUUCAAGCCACUAUCAGCUAUAGUUCGCGGUUCUAAAAAAAUAAUAUUCCUUUCAGUAUAUUUUUCAUAAUCUUAUAUAAUAUAUCUCCAUACUAAAAUCCUUCAAAAAAAUGAAAAUCUUUUCGAUAAAAUAAAACGUAAAAUAAACAGUAAUAUUCACAUUUUUCGGAUUUAUUAUACGAGCAGACCUGAAUAUUCAUUUCAUAUUUCAUCAUUCUCAUAUUGAUAUUUUCGGCGUUUAAAAAAUUCCUGUCGAUGGAAAAGAAUAAG